AUGGAGGAAGACCGAAUGAGCCAACUCCCUGAUGAUAUUCUUCUACUCAUCUUGGAUAAAAUCGACAUAUAUGAAGCCGUUGAAACCAUGAUUCUCUCCCAUAGAUGGAAAAACGUGUGGCGUUCACUCACCGGCCUCCGCUUCCACUUCCACGUCCCCAGCGGCUUCCGCUGUAACUCUAUCGAGUUACGACCCAAAAUCCUCCCUCAGUGCCAACGUGUCUCCCAAUUCCUCUUUCACCGUGACCCCACAGCCGCCGUCCGCGGCUUCCACCUCUCAUACGACAAUCCGGGCUAUGUUAACAGAGAAUUCAUGGAGGAAUGGGUGCUCUACGCCAUCAAUCACGGCGUUCAAAAGCUUAGAGCUCUUGAAAUCAAUCAAAUCAGCGACAAAACAUAUUCCUUUUCAGCCAAAGAGAUUUCUGCUCCGUUGUUAACCUCAUUUAGAUACGAGGCUCCUAAAGCUUGGGAAUGCGCAAAGGUGAAUCUCCCGAUGUUGGAACAAGUCUACUUAGACAUUUAUGAGAGUAUACACUGUGACAAUCAUACCAACAGUGUUACAAAGUCAUGUAGUGGACUAUUUGAGACAGACUUUUAA